ACGAGGGGCGGGGCCCGGGGCGGCCGAGCGCGCGAGCGGCGCAUGGCGGGGUCCCGGCGGCCGUGAGAGAGCGCGGGCGGGCGGGCUGGUGAGCGGCCGCCAUGUCGCCGGUGUGGUCGCUGUGCGCGGGGCUGCUGCUGCUGCUGCUGUGGGUGCGGCACCGCGGGCUGGAGGCCGUGCUGGUGCACCACCGCUGGGUCUUCGUCUGCCUCUUCCUCCUGCCCCUCUCCAUCCUCUUCGACGUCUACUACCAGCUGCGCGCCUGGGCCGUCUGGCGCCUGCACAGCGCCCCCCGGCAGCACGCACAGCGCGUCCGGCAUAUCCAGGCGCAGGUUCGGGAAUGGAAAAACGAAGGCAGCAAAAGAUACAUGUGCACUGGCCGGCCCGGCUGGCUGACUGUGUCACUUCGUGUUGGGAAGUACAAGAAGAUUCAUAAGAACAUCAUGAUCAACUUAAUGGAUGUUCUGGAAGUGGACAGUGAAAGACGGGUUGUUCGUGUGGAACCUUUGGUGACCAUGGGCCAGUUGACUGCACACCUGAAUCCCAUGGGCUGGACUAUUCCUGUGGUACCGGAGCUUGAUGAUCUCACAGUAGGUGGCCUGAUCAUGGGAACUGGCAUUGAGUCUUCAUCCCACAUCUACGGACUUUUUCAACACACCUGUGUGGCCUAUGAACUUGUUCUUGCUGAUGGAAGCCUUGUGAGAUGUUCACCAACUGAAAAUUCAGACCUAUUUUAUGCAGUGCCUUGGUCUUGUGGUACUCUGGGUUUCCUGGUUGCAGCAGAAAUAAAAAUGAUUCCUGCCAAGAAAUAUGUCAAAAUACAUUAUGAGCCUGUGAGAGGACUGCAGAAGAUUUGUGAAAAGUUUACUGAAGAAUCUAAGAAAAAGGAGAAUAGCUUUGUGGAAGGACUUGUGUAUUCCUUGGAAGAAGCCGUCAUCAUGACAGGAGUCUUGACUGACGAAGCUGAGCAAAGCAAGAUAAACAGGAUUGGCAACUACUACAAGCCGUGGUUCUUUAAGCAUGUGGAGAAGUAUUUGAAAGCUGACAGGACUGGAACAGAAUACAUUCCAUCCAGACAUUAUUACCAUAGACAUACACGCAGUAUCUUCUGGGAGCUCCAAGAUAUAAUUCCUUUUGGCAAUAACCCUGUGUUCCGUUACCUGUUUGGCUGGAUGGUUCCUCCAAAAAUCUCUUUGUUAAAACUCACCCAAGGAGAAGCUAUUCGAAAGCUGUACGAGCAGCACCAUGUUGUGCAGGACAUGUUGGUCCCAAUGAAGAGCCUUGAAAAAUCUAUCCAAACCUUCCACGUUGACCUUAAUGUGUACCCUCUUUGGUUAUGCCCUUUCAUAUUGCCCAAUAAUCCUGGUAUGGUCCACCCAAAAGGGGAUGAAGCGGAACUCUAUGUGGAUAUAGGAGCUUAUGGAGAGCCUAAAAGGAAACAAUUUGAAGCCAGAGCUUCAAUGAGGCAGAUGGAAAAGUUUGUAAGAAGUGUGCAUGGUUUCCAGAUGCUGUAUGCAGAUUGCUACAUGACCCGUGAGGAGUUCUGGGAUAUGUUUGAUGGUUCGUUAUACCACAAGCUGAGGGAGCAAAUGAAUUGCAAGGAUGCCUUUCCAGAAGUGUAUGACAAAAUCUGCAAAGCUGCAAGGCACUGAGUCUGGAUGAUCUAAUCAAGCAAUCAGGGAAAUAUGAAUUGACCUAUAGCUAGUCAGUAUAUCCUUUGAAAAAAAAAAAAAAGCUUUAUUGCUCUCCAAAUACGCUCAUUCUUGUUGAUGUUUAAAGGUAUGAAUUCCUGCUUUAUGAAUUUAUGUUUCUUUGUAUGUUUUAAAAUCAAUUUUACGAACUCAGAGUGAUUGUUUAUAAGAAAUCUGAAGUGCUGGCCUUUGUAUCUAAUGUAGUGACAUAGGUGAACUCACCUGUUUCCAGACACAAGAAAAAAUAUUGGAAAGAAGAAGGUGCUGGAGUUACACCAGCUGUGUGCUAGAGCUCUAUCUAACGUGACUUUUGAAAGUCCUAAGGAGGGCUCAGAUAUAGGUGCCAAAGCUGAACACAUUAUCAGAUUAGUCGUGAUGUGACCAACAUUUGCCUCUGGUCGGUAACCUGUAGAAUGGCUUAGCAAGGUACCAUCAUCUCCGGGCUGUUUGGUGGUGUGUGAGGUGUGUACUAAACCGCUGGGCUUUUACUGUCCUAUAGCGUCUCUGCAGAGCAGUGAAACCUGCUCUGUUGCAAAACCAAGCACUGAGGUGUGAGGACAAUGCUUUUUACUUGUGCCUAUCGGAUUUGUACUGAUUUUGAUUAUAAAGUGGAUAUAGGUUUUAGGUACUUUUUAGUUGGUUAAUAGUGCGUUGGGUUUUGCCAUGAAAUGUCAAUAUUCUGGCUUUGUUAGACUACCAAAAAAAAAGAAAUGCUGCUGUUUCAUGUAGCCAAGUUUUAAUUUCAGUUCUUACUCAUUGCGGGUCAGUUUAUUUGGAUUUGUUUUGGUUUGGUUUUUCAUUGUUGCUUAAUUUUAGUGCCUUCUAAGUAAGCAGUUGGAGGAAGACGUGGAUGAUUUCAGACCGUUAUGCCCUGGCCGAUAGAAAAAGGAAGUCAAGACUUUAUUUAUACGAGGUUUGUUAGAGCAAGUGGCUGUGGAUAAGAAUUCUAGUUGUGCAUCUGGAUACACGCAGGCUUUGGUUCUGACUCCAGUGACAUUUUUGCUUUUUGUUUUAGCUGGAUUAGGUUGAUAGGCUUUGUAAAAGGGCUGUUUCCCUCACCUGCAGAGGAAACCAACAGCAAGUGCUGUUCAGUUCCCCUGCUGCUGCUCGCUGGUGAGAAUGGUGCAGUCACGCACUUCAGACGGUCAAGUGUAGAGAUGUUUUGACCCUGUAGCCAGAAACAUGGUUCCAAACCAAGCGUGUGCCUUGUCCGAGCAGUUCUUAAAAUUGUUACUUGAAACAUUACUGAGCUGGAGGGAAAAAGAAGUCAUUUUCAUGAGGCUUGGGUAGAGGGUGACGUGGCAAGCGUUUUAAACAGUGAACAGUGGGAGGCGUUGUAAUUUUUAUACAAGUGCUAAACCAAUGAUUUUAUUUAUUGAUAGAUGGAUGUUUAUGAUCCAGAUGAAACCAAUGAUAAAGCAGUAACAAGUUCAGCCUGUUAGUGAUGCACGCUGGGCAAAUUGUGUGCAGAUAAGGUACCCAUUAAGAUCCCACGUAGGGGACGGGUAGUGGGGGGAGACGCAGCCAGUGCAGAGGAACCACAGAGCCGAGCAGGAGCUGCGUCAGUGAUCCAGGAGCAUCUGCUGAUCCGUUCCAGGCCUCAGGGUAUGCAGGAAGGCAACGGCUGGUUCUCAGGGUGUCAUUUGCCUUCCUGGACACACCAGACAUUUGCUUGUCCUGGAGGCAAAGCUGCAAUUUCGUCCAGCGCUUGUAAAAUAAUGUGCGCAGAGCGAGAAUGGGUUUGGUCCGCUUUUAAAGAGCGAUGUUAAAACAGCUAGAGGAUAUGCAAACACUUUCACUUAAGAUGUGUUUCUCUCACUUAUGUACUGAGGAUCUUUAGGUAUGCACUGUAUUUGGUUUUUUUCACUCCUUAAUUUAUUGGCAAACUUUGUAUGAGGUGAUUGGGUACUGUAACUGUACCAGUCACACAUGUGCACAUGCGUAAUUGCUGUUGCUCUUAAUUUUUGGUUGUAUAGGCUGUUUAAAAUAAAGACCUAGCCAGCCUACUGUUCAAA